CUGUCCCAGCACCUCUUCACUCUCCGCUCAGAGCCAACGACCAGCCGACCAGCAGCCAUGACCUCCUUCUCCAGCCGCAGCAGCUACAUGUCCUCCCCCAUGAGGAGCUCCAUCUUGAUGGUCCCCUCUGUGUCCCAACGAGUCAGCAGCAUAGGGGCCGGCAGUGUGUACGGAGGCGCUGGAGGGUCUGGAGUCCGUGUGUCCAAGGCCUCCUUUGUGUCCUCCACUGGUGCUGGCAGUGGCUUUAACUUGGCUGACGCAGUCGACAUGACUGUGAGCGAGAAAGCCACCAUGCAGAACCUCAACGACCGCCUGGCCACAUACCUGGAAAAGGUGCGCAGUCUGGAGAAGGCCAAUGCUGAACUGGAGCUGAAGAUCAGACAGUUUCUGGAGAACAGAACCCUGCCAGACGCUCACAACUUCACCAGCUUCAAUGUCCGCAUCAAAGACCUGCAGGACCAGAUUGAAUUUGCUGCUCGUGGUAACGCUAACCUCAUCCUUGCUGUGGACAACGCCAAGCUGGCCACCGACGACUUCAGAGUCAAGUAUGAUAAUGAGCUGGCAAUGCGUCAGUCAGUGGAGGCUGAUAUUGCUGGGCUGAAGGGGGUCCUGCAAGAGCUGACCCUGAGCCGGUCCGACCUGGAGAUGCAACUGCAAGGUCUGAGAGACGAGCUGGCCCAACUGAAGAAGAACCACGAGGAGGAUCUGCUGGCUCUGCGGGCCCACAUGGGAGGUAAGGUGAAUGUGGAGGUGGACGCGGCUCCUCAACAAGACCUGUCUGCUGUCUUGGCUGAAAUCAGAGAACACUACGAGACCGUUGCCAACAAGAAUCGCAGAGACCUGGAGUCAUGGUUCCAAGCCAAGACAGCUGACCUGAACAAAGACGUGGCUUCUAGCGCCGAGUACUUGCAGACGUCAAAGUCCGAGAUCGGGGAGAUCAGAAGAACUCUUCAGACUCUGGAGAUCAAACUGCAGGCUCAGAUCAGCAAGAAAGGAGCUCUGGAGGCAAGUCUCGCUGAGACCAGGACCCGCUACGCCAACAUGCUGGCAGGUUACCAGAGGCAGGUGGAGGCUCUGGAGGAGCAGCUGGCCCAGCUGAGAUCUGACCUGGAGAACCAGAAGAUCAUGUACGCUGACCUGUUGGACAUCAAGACCAGACUGGAGCUGGAGAUCGCCCAGUACAGGAGGCUGCUGGAUGGAGAGAGCAUCGCCACCAUGGUGGUGUCCACCACAAAGGAAGAGAUUUCCUCUGCAGAGUAGAUCAGCAGCAGCAGUUAGACCAGAAUCAAGCAUCAGAUGCUGUUAUUGUAAACUGAGUCUGUCUGACAUUCUUCAAUAAAAAAAACAAAGUCUUACAUAA